GACUGAGCUCCAUGUCACGCUGCGGGUUCAAAGUGCAGAGUUGAGCGGCUCAAAGAUGGCGGCCGCUGGCUUGAGGUGUUGGCAGUGAAAUUCAAUGGCAGCUGCCUAAUCGCAUUCAUUCGCGUUCGUUGCGUUAAGGCCUGGAAUGCGGUGCCGUAUGAGCUGCUAUUACACCGUGUGAAGGCUGCUUCGAUAAACCCGAGAAAGGCUCCGCGAUGGCGCUGCUCUACGAGCUGGCGUGGCGGGCUCUGCACGCCAUCCUCCACCUCCAGCGAGCGCUCGUCUCCUGGUUCCGCGCGCGCCUCUGCAGCUGGAACUGGCGGCUGUGGAAGCGGGCGGUGGCCGCGCUGCUCGUGCCCGUGGCCCUCGGCUUCCAGAGCCGCAAGAAGCUGGGGCCACCGGCGGCCAGGCGGGGCUGCCGCCGCCCUCGCUGGGGGGCGGACGGCCGGGCGCUGGAGAAGCUGCCGGUGCACGUUGGCUUGCUGAUAACCGAGGAGGAGCCGCGCUGCGCGGACAUCGCCAACCUGGUGGUGUGGUGCAUGGCGGUGGGCAUCUCCUACGUUAGCGUUUACGAUAACCAGGGUAUCUUCAGAAGAAACAAUUCCCGACUGAUGGACGAAAUUCUGAAGCAGCAGCAAGAACUGUUAGGUGCCGACAGUGGAAAAUAUUCCAUAGAGUUUUUAAAUGACAGCACCCAGACACAGGAGAAUCACACGGCGUUCCUGUGCAAGGCCAUGGUGAAAGUGCUGUCCUCGGAUGACGGAAAGCACAGCAUCGUGACGGCAGCUCGACAGCUGUGCAGAGCAGUGGAGCAGAGGGAGAGAGCUUCCAAAGACAUCGAUGUCCACAUGCUGGACUCCAUGCUCAGAGGUAGUCACGUGACAAGCCGUCACCUAGUGCUCACUCUGGGCGUGGGGGCAGUGGGGGAGGGCUUCCUAAAGCUGAACAGAUGGCCGGCUGGGAUCUGGCACUCUGCGAACCCGGGGUACUGCAGCGCACCCUGGAGGGCGCUGUAG